CUACCCGAUCUUCUGCCUGCAGGUUUCCUCAAGGAACGCCACCAGGACUUCUUCCAGCCUUCCCUGCCCGAGCGGAAAGCAGAGGCCAUUCGCCGCCUGGGUUUUGGCACCAACAACAAGAUCUUCCUGGAGUUUGAGCGGCCUUUCUGGGAACCCCAGCAGCAGCUCCUCAAAGCAGUGUGGGAGGACGAGUCGCCCCUCAAGGAACCCAGCGCCGACCUUGAAGCCAACUGGUUCAAGAAGCUCAUCGGAUUCGUGGUUCUCCAACCGCCGGAGCAGCAUGGGCACGUCCUCUGCGGCUUCAUCGCGGGUAAGGAGUCAGAGUACAUGGAGACGCUGAGCGACACGGAGGUUCUCAGCACCAUGACGCGCGUCCUCCGCACGCUGACAGGGAACCCGCACCUGCCCGCUCCCAGGAGCGUGCUCAGGUCCCGGUGGCACAGCGCUCCCUACACCCGGGGCUCCUACAGCUACGUGGCCGUCGGCAGCUCAGGGGACGACAUCGACGUGUUGGCUCAGCCCCUGCCCGAGGACCCCGAGGACCCCAGG